AUGCCUUCCAUACGGUUAUCCACACUCAUCCAUCUCUGCUCUAAAAAAUGUCCCCAAUAUUCCUUAGAGGCCACCUAUCGGCACUUUCAACCCCGAUAUUUUACCGGAGCUAGCAAAUUACUGCCAUCAUACAGCUAUGAUAUCUGCUACUCUGGAACCCUCCGCUCCUGCUAUGGACCCAGCCGACAAACCUCCACCUUUCUGGGCUCGGAGAUCUACCUCCACUGGAGAUCUACCUCCUCCCACUCUACUCGGUCAGGCACAACCUCACAUAAACCUUCCAGUCCCAGGUCUCCGGAAGUCCAAUGUAAAUCUUCCUCCAGGUCCAGACAUAAGAAAACCUCGCCUAACCUUUCUCCUAGGUCUCUAGAAGUUCCACGAAAAUCUUCUUCCAGGUACAGACAUAAUGAAACCUUGCCUAACCUUUCACUUUCCAGCUCCCCGGAGACCCCACCCAAAUCCUAUUCCAGAUCUAAAAUAGCCUCGCGGAAACACAAUUCUCCCUCUUCCCCCACCAGGUCUCUAUCUGGCUCCUCUGGCUCCACUUCCUCCCAUACCCCCUCUUCUCUUCACAGGUCACGCAGGUCACCAGAAGCCUCUUCGGACUCAUCCUCCCCAUCUCCCUUCUGCCCUACUCUGCCUCCUCAGUCUUCCAAAGCCCUACAAGGUUCCCCUUCCUCUUUCGCCAACCGUCUUGCACUGGCAUCUUCCUUUACACCUCAGCUCAUGCAUUCACAUGACGCCACGGAGCCUAAUCCUAGCCACUGA